AUGAAUGGGCGGUCGUUGGUUCGUCUGCCAUCAUGGCUCUUUCUAUCGGCCAUCUUUAUAUUUGGUUGCUUUGCAUCUUACGGUGAUCGUCUGCCAGAAUUUCAGCAAUGUGUUCAGACCUGUACAAUGGAGAACUGUCAUGGCGGAUCAUCCUCGAUCUCUGUGCUUCACCGAAUCUUACUCUGGAACUGUGACUCCGAAUGCGACUACACCUGUCAACAUAUCAUCACUGCUGAACGCACUUCAGCCUCCAAGCCGGUAGUUCAAUUUCAUGGAAAGUGGCCUUUCUACCGCUUUCUCGGCAUUCAAGAGCCCUUUUCAGUUCUGUUCUCCUUCCUCAAUCUUCUUGCUCAUCAAAAAGGCCUGUCCAAGCUUGUGAACUACAUUCCUGCUUCCUAUCCAAUGCGCAGAUAUUACAUCAUGUUUGCAUAUAUUGGUAUGGCUAGUUGGACAUUCAGUAUACUGUUUCAUACCCGAGACUUUAAGUUAACAGAGCAGUUGGACUAUUUUGCUGCUGGUGGCAGCAUCUUGUAUGGACUCUAUUAUACACCUAUAAGAAUCUUCAGAAUGGAUCAAGGGAUAAAAGAAAAGAGUUCACUUUUACGAGCAUGGACUAGUUUUUGCAUCAUCAUGUACGUGGUCCACGUUGCCUACCUAAAGCUUUACCGAUGGGACUACACUUACAACAUGGCCGCAAAUGUUGUCGUUGGGGUAAUACACAACGCUAUGUGGAGCUGGUUUAGCCUCAAAAGAUACCGAAAAUUAGGAGAAUUCUGGGCAACAUGGCCAGGAAUUGCUGUGGCAUGGAUAUUGAUGGCCAUGAGUUUGGAGCUGCUAGACUUUCCACCAUUAUGGGGUUGUUUGGAUGCUCAUAGUCUUUGGCACAUGGGUACUAUCGGGCCAACCAUACUAUGGUACAAUUUUCUGCUUAAAGAUGCUGAGGAGGAUAUGGCGACUCAUCGGCUCAAGGCUUAG